UGCUCUAUGUACCUGACACUGCGUUUGCUUUGUUGCUUUUCGUUACCUGUUCGUGGAAGUUCUUGAAUAAUGAAGCGCAGAUCGUCCAGCAAUUGUUCAGUGGGAUUUAUUUGAUGCGAAGUGGCUUAAUGGAGUUAGGAACGCAACAAGAGGCUCGGAUUGGACAUGAUCACGCGCAUCAAGUGGCGCGACAGCAUUAGGAUGCUUCACAAGAACAGCAAGCAUCUGAGUGGACAAUAUAGGAAGUUCACAUAUCACUUUUUCUGGUUCCUCUGUCUCUCGCUUCACUUCUUACCUCAAGCGAAUGGCUUCUUUAUGUCCGAUACCAAAGCUGUCCUUCAAGGUUGUGACGACAACUGGACUUUCAAGUCGCAGGGGAAUCUUCCUGUGCUCUUUCUAACAACAGUAUGUGUGGAUGUAAGGGUUCUAUCCCCUGGCACAUGGACUGCAUUUAGCUAUCUGUCCCCCGCAGCCCGCUACGAACUAGCUCUUCAGGGUGAUGGAAACUCCCUGUACGCCUGGCUGUUGGGCGUACGGCAUCAGUUUCCCGUCCAUCUGAUCCCUCUCCGCUGGUACCACCUAUGCCUGCGAUGGGACGCCCCUCAAAAAAUUUUCAGUCUGACAAUAAGGGGCCACCCGGAAGUGUAUCAGCGCACAGCCAUCGCUCGUGCAAUCCCCCCCUCCGGGCGGCUUCUGCUCGGCUGUCAGCUGAAAAAGGCCCCUGGCGUCAACUUAAGCACGGUGGAGCUCUACCUGUUCCGCAUAUGGGACGAUGUGGGGGAGCACCAGGCCUGUGAGGAUGGUACUGUGGUUGGCUGGGAUUCGCAGUUUUGGACCGUCACACGAGCCCAGACCAAAGUCCAAGAUUCUACUCUGCAAUGUGGCCUAAAGCAUUUGCGUAAGAAACGCAAUGCUUCAGCGAUAAGGGGGAAAUCCACCAAAUCCUCAGGCCCAGCUACCAGUCAAAAGGUUUUCUCGAAGUCUCCAAGUCCACUUUUCGCUACUUUGGGAUCAAUCAUUACCAGCACACGUAGAGUUCCCGAAGAAAAUACCGCCUCAAUUCCUCCUAGAAGUACAUCUAUUAGUAUGGUCACCCUUCCACCUCAGGGUCACAUAACAAACACAACCUCUGCUUCACAGUCACAACCCAGAACCAAACCAAACUCAACCGAAAGCACCUUAGAACCCAUCACAACACCUACUACACCCUCAGUUAACCACACUAGACCAACACAAUCUCCCCUCACAAAAACUACCACCUCAGACAAAACCAUCACAAUCUCACCUCAAGUUUCGAUUGGUUCAACUGGAAAUAUCACAACCAUUACGUCACAAAAUGGUUAUUUCAAUAUCACAUUGCCAACUCCAGACUCGCCAUCCUCCAACCAAACCAUCCGGCCUACCCAUUCAAGCCCUCCCAUCAAUGUCAUCGCCUCUUCUGCAAAUCCAAGCUCUGAACCAAUAAAUCAGACAGUGGCGCACCUUAGCGCUACGCCUACUGUCAAGGCUCAAGGAGCGAAUCAGUCAGCGGUUCUCCGGACAAAGAGGUCCACUACAUUAAUCACAGAGUCAUUUUGGGUGCUGUGUAACUUUUCUCAGUACUGCGCUGAUCAAUAUGCAUACUACUUGAUGCCUGCGGAAGCGAAUGGGACUAAUGUAACGGAAAAUAUUAAAAACUGGUUUUCAGAUCUUUUUACGACUGCCAGCAAUGCAAAUGAGACCGCACAUGCAUUUAUGAAUGCUGAUGUUCAAUGUGAAGACAAUUGGAACAUGAUGCAGACUAACUGCACUGUGCUGCUAAAAUUUAGGCAGCCUAUGAAUAUUUGCAAUCUCCGCAAGCUGGUGGAAAGCAGUGCUACAAACACCUUCAAAAUACGCCUUCUGGGAGAUGUGGAGAGAGUGGGUAAAGGCCUUUGCAUGGAGCAGAAUAUUUUAGCACCUGAUGGAGGUUUUGUGCACUGCACAUCUUCUUUGCCAUUCGAUGAAGUCUGCAAAGGACCUGUCAAUGUUACAUGCUCUUAUGAAAAGAAUAUGUUCAUCCCUAAUGAUUCAACAAUCCUGCAGAACCAAUCCUGCAAUGUUGAAAACCAGCAACAAUGUGAGUGUCAGGUAUCCGACAACAACGAGUCAUAUUUUGCCCUUCGUUUGAAUAUUUCGAGCUCGGACGUGAAUUUCACAUCUAUUCAGAACAUGGUUUCAGAGUGGAGCUCUCCCUGCAACGAAUCCAGCGUAUUAGGGUCUCAAUGUAAUCCUGUUGCAUCCCAGUUUUUUCAGAAAAUGCACCUGGAAUGUUUUGGAGAAGGAGCAAGGCUCUACACCUGCAUGUUAACUUUACAGCUAUCGCAACAGGUAGAUGUUUGUACUGUUAGCGACGCUGUGGCCUUUCUUUGGAAGGGCAGCACCAGCAUCAUUUUUGAUGGGCCUGUUCAUAAAACAGCUAUAUGUCGAUCGACCACUGUUUCUGUAAACAUAUCUUUAAACUCUACAUUUACCUGGACCUAUGUAAAUAUGAGUGCCAGCCAGAUUAAUGAUGUCAAAAACCAGCUGAAAUGUAAACCGGGUCAGACGUUUGCUGUUCUUUUGAAUGAAAGCUGUGAGAUCUCUAAAUCUUUUCCACUUCCCAACACAACCACUGCGAGCAAAGCUACAUCCAUAAAUAUCACAUCUCCAUCCAUAACUACUACACCCAGCAUUGAGGACACACAGCAUACUUCUGUUACACAACUGAAUACAACAAUCUCAGUAUCCAAUAUUAGCUUCACAUCCAUUAACAGUACAGACACUCAGACAAACACAUUGUCGCUCAAUACAACAGACCUGCCACUCAUUCCAUCAGUCACACUGCCCACAACAAUAGCCACACAUAGAAAUACACCAGGUGCACUGGAAAAUGCAACUUUAACACCAGUCAAUAUAUCAGUCCCACUGGUGAUUUCGGUCACACCACCUGACACAACUGCCACAACUUUAAAUGCAAAAGAAAACCAGUUUGAUACAACCAUCACAACACUUACAGCAUUCAAUGCAAAUGAAACACUCUUACCUACAACAGUCAAACCACUCAAUACAACUAUAACAACACUCACUACUACUAUCACAACUUCAAAUUCUAAAGCAAUGGUGUUAAACACAACAAUCACAACAUUCAAUGCAACAGUCACAACCCUCAAUACAACAGACACAACACUUAAUACAACUAUCACAACACUCAAUGCAACAAACACAACCCUCAAUACAACUUUCACAACACUCAAUACAACAGUCACACCAACCACUACAAAUAUCACAACACUUAAUGCAACAGUCACAACACUCAAUACUACAGACACAACACUCAAUACAACCAUCACAACACUCAAUGCAACAGUCACAACCCUCAAUACAACAGACACAACACUUAAACCAACAGAUAAACUGUUAAAUACAACAGUCACAGAACUCAAUACAGAUAUUACAACACUCGAUACAACAGUCACACUGUUUAAUACAACAGUACCAACACUCAAUACAACUAUCACAACACUCUAUACAACAGUCACACCAACCACUACAACUAUCACAACACCCAAUGCAACAGUCAAAACACUCAAUACAACAGACACACUGUUUAAUACAACAGUCACAACACUCAAUACAACUGUCACAACACUCAAUAUAACAGUCACACCAACCACUACAAUUAUCACAACACCCAAUGCCACAGUCACAACACUCAAUACAACAGACACACUGUUCAAUACAACUGUCACAACACUCAAUACGACUAUCAUUACACUCAAUACAACAGUCACACCAACCACUACAACUAUCACAACACUCAAUACAACAGUCACACCAACCACUACAACUAUCACAACACCAAAUGCCGCAGUCACAACACUCAAUACAACAGAUACACUGUUUAAUACAACAGUCACAACACUCAAUACAUCUAUCACACCACUCAAUACAAAAGUCACACAAACCACUACAACUACCACAACACUCAAUGCAACAGUCACAACACUCAAUACAACAGACAAACUGUUAAAUACCACAGUCACAACACUCAAUACAACUAUCAUCGCACUCAAUGCAACAGUCACAACCCUCAAUACAACAGACACACUGUUCAAUACAACAGUUACAACACACAAUACAACUAUCACACCACUCAAUACAAUAGUCACACCAACCACUACAACUACCACAACACUCAACACAACAGUCGCAAUACUCAAUGCGACACACACACUGUUAAAUACAACAGUCACAACACUCAAUACAACAGACACAACACUCAAUACAACAGUCACACCAGCCACUACAACUAUCACAACACCCAAUGCAACAGUCACAACACUCAAUACAACAGACACAACACUCAAUACAACUGUCACACCAACCACUACAACUACCAUAACAGUCAAUGCAACAGUCACAACACUCAAUACAACAGACACACUGUUAAAUACAACAGUCACAACACUCAGUACAACUAUCACACCACUCAAUACAACAGUCACACCAACCAGUACAACUACCACAACACUCAAUGCAACAGUCACAACACUCAAUACGACAGACCCACUUUUAAAUACAACAGUCACAGAACUCAAUACAUAUAUCACAACACUCAAUGCAACAGUCACAACCCUCAAUACAACUAUGACAACCCUCAAUACAACAGUCACACCAACCACUACAACUAUCACAACACUCAAUGCAACAGGCACACCAUCCACUACAACUAUCACAACACUCAAUGCAACGGUCACACCAACCACUACAACUAUCACAACAUUCAAUACAACAGUCACAACACUCAAUACGACAGACCCACUGUUAAAUACAACAGUCACAGAACUCAAUACAUAUAUCACAACACUCAAUGCAACAGUCACAACCCUCAAUACAACUAUGACAACCCUCAAUACAACAGUCACACCAACCACUACAACUAUCACAACACUCAAUGCAACAGGCACACCAUCCACUACAACUAUCACAACACUCAAAGCAACGGUCACACAAACCACUACAACUAUCACAACAUUCAAUACAACAGUCACACCAACCACUACAACUAUCACAACACUCAAUACAACAGACACACUGUUUAAUACAACAGUCACAACACUCAACACAACUAUUUCAACAUUCAAUACAACUCUCACACCAACCAUUACAAUUACCACAACACUCAAUACAACUAUCACAACAUUCAAUACAACAGUCACACCAACCACGAAAACUAUCACAACACUCAAUACAACAGACACACUGUUUAAUACAACAGUCACAACACUCAAUACAACUAUUUCAACACUCAAUACAACUGUCACACCAAGCUUUACAACUACCACAACACUCAAUGCAACAGUCACACUGUUUAAUACAACAGUCACAACACUCAAUGCAACUAUCACAACACUCAAUACAACAGUCACACCAACCAGUACAACUACCACAACACUCAAGACAACAGACCCACUGUUAAAUACAACAGUCACAGAACAUAAUACAGAUAUUACAACAGUCACACCAACCACUACAACAAUCACAACACUUAAUGCAACAGGCACACCUUCCACUACAACUAUGACAACCCUCAAUACUACAGUCACACCAACCACUACAACUAUCACAACACUCAAUGCAACAGGCACAGCAUCCACUACAACUAUCACAACAUUCAAUGCAACAGUCACACCAACCACUACAACUGUCACAACACCCAAUACAACUAUUUUAACACUCAAUACAACAGACACACAGUUUAAUUCAACAGUCACAACACUCAAUACAACUGUCACACCAACCACUACAACUACCACAACACUCAAUGCAACAGGCACACUGUUUAAUACAACAGUCACACCACUCAAUACAACAGUCUCACCAACCAGUACAACACUCAAUACAACAGAGCAACUGUUAAAUACAACAGUCACAGAACUCAAAACAGAUAUCACAACACUCAAUGCAACAGUCACACCAACCACUACAACUAUCACAACACUCAAUGCAACGGUCACACCAACCACUACAACUAUCACAACAUUCAAUGCAACAGGCACACCAUCCACUACAACUAUCACAACACUCAAUGCAACAGUCCCAACCCUCAAUACAACUAUCACAACACUCAAUACAACAGUCAUACCAACCACUACAACUAUCACAACACUCAAUACAACAGGCACACCAUCCACUACAACUAUCACAACACUCUAUGCAACAGGCACACCAUCCACUAAAACUAUCACAACACUCAAUGCAACAGUCACAACCCUCAAUACAACUAUCACAACACUCAAUACAACAGUCAUACCAACCACUACAACUAUCACAACACUCAAUACAACAGUCACACCAACCAAUACAACUAUCACAACACCCAAUGCAACAGUCACAACACCCAAUGCAACAGUCACAACACCCGAUGCAACAGUCACAACACCCAAUGCAACAGUCACAACACCCAAUGCAACAGUCACACCAACCACUACAACAGUCACAACACUCAAUGCAACAAACAUAACACUCAACGCAACUAUCACAUCAACCACUUCAAUUACCACAGCACUCAAUGCAACAGUCACAACCCUUUAUGAAACAGACACAACACCCAAUGCAACAGUCAAACCAACAACUACAACUAACACAAUACUUAAUACAACAGUCACACCAUCCAGUACAACUAUCGCAACACACAAUGCAACAGACACACUUCUAAAUAUAACAGUCACACCAACAAAUGCAACUAUUACGACACUCAGUACAACAGUCACACCAACCACUACAACAAUCACAACACUUAAUGCAACAGGCACACUAUCCACUUCAACUAUCACAACACUCAAUGCAACAGGCACACCUUCCACUACAACGAUGACAACCCUCAAUACUACAGUCACACCAACCACUACAACUAUCACAACACUCAAUGCAACAGGCACACCAACCACUACAACUGUCACAACACCCAAUACAAAUAUUUUAACACUCAAUACAACAGACACACUGUUUAAUACAACAGUCACAACACUCAAUACAACUAUUUUAACACUCAAUACAACUGUCACACCAACCACUACAACUAUCACAACACUCAAUGCAACAGGCACACCAACCACUACAACUGUCACAACACCCAAUACAAAUAUUUUAACACUCAAUACAACAGACACACUGUUUAAUACAACAGUCACAACACUCAAUACAACAGUCACACCACUCAAUACAACAGUCACACCAACCAGUACAACUACCACAACACUCAAUACAACAGAGCCAUUGUUAAAUACUACAGUCACAGAACUCAAAACAGAUAUCACAACACUCAAUGCAACAGUCACACCGACCACUACAACUAUCACAACAUUCAAUGCAACAGGCACACUAUCCACUACAACUAUCACAACACUCAAUGCAACGGUCCCACAAACCACUACAACUAUCACAACAUUCAAUACCACGGAGUUCACAACAACAGAUACACACAAAUUCAACAGCACAUUGCAUGUGUUUAAUUUCACAACUUCCAAUACAACAAGCCCUCAGUUUAACACAACACAACUGAGUACAACACACUUUCAAGUGAACACAACCCCGUUUACCAAUGGGACUAAUAUUGACCAUAGUAUCAACACAACCUCCAACAACACUUCAGAAUUUAUUACAUCACACCCUGCAGUUAAUACAACACAGUUUAACACCAGCCAGUCAAACACAACAGAGAUAUACACAACCCCUUUCCCAACAGCAAGAAACACUUCCAGUGCACCAACUGACUACAUAUCAAACAAUAUUACAACAGAAAGUAACCACAAUGCAACACAAUUAAACACCACAACAGAAAAAGCUGAAGAUAAAGUCAACACAACCACAACAAUACACCCCAUCUUCACUGCACAUAACACAACAGCAGAUUCUGCCGCUGUUACCAAUUACAGUAAAACUCACACAACUGCUGUUCCAGCGACACAGCCAGUCUCUCCCCACAACAACUCCUCGAUAACUGUUUCACCUGUCCAUCACAUUACACAAACAACCAGCAUAGGAAAUACAACAGCAAACAACACAACGCCUGUGGGUCCUGCUGUGCCAUCCACUGUUGCCAUGGCGAAAACUUCAGUAUAUCUGACAACUGAAAGUCCGGGCGCACUGGCUGCAGAUCUUCUAAGUCAAACAAAAGAUGUGUCAUCUUUAAACUCAAGUCAGGUGAACAAUUUGGUCAACCAGCUAGAGAAUCUGCUCUCUGCACCCAAUAUUAGUCUGGACGUGGGCCGGGCGAUGCUGUCUGUCAUCAACAACCUGCUUAACUGCUCUACAGAUACUCUGGCUUCCUCCUCCAACCGAUUAAUCAAAGUUGUGGAUAUUCUGGCUCUAAAACUGGUGAUUCGAGACCAGACAGAAAACAUCGCGUUUGAAUCACUUGCUUUGACUAUAACCAAAGCUGAUGGCACUAACUUCAAGACAACAUCAUUUUCGAUCACAGAUCCCUUAAACCCACAGGUGACAAAAGGUUUUCAGAGAGACACGAGAGCUGUGAGUUCCUCUCCUCUCGGCCAAAUAACACUUCCAGCUUCCCUGACAGAGAAGCUCUCUACAGAAGAACAAAAGAUGGCUUCUAGAAUUCAGUUCACAUUCUUUCAGAAAAGCACAUUUUUUCAGGAUAAAGGGAAUAAACAAAUUCUUAACAGCCACAUUCUGGGCUCUAGUGUGGCUAACCUUUCCAUCACAAACCUGAAAGAGAAUGUCGAGUUUACUCUGAGAAAUAUGCAGCCUGUGGCGGGGAAUUUUGUUGCUUCAUGUGUGUUUUGGGACUUUGAAAUAAAUGGAGGUUCGGGAGGCUGGAGUUCUGACGGCUGUUUUGUCAAGGACAGCAGUACUGAGAACGAGACCGUCUGCAGCUGUAAUCACCUAACCAGUUUUGCGGUUUUAUUAGAUAUUAGUCGGCAAGGCAUAACUGACCGCGUGCAGGCCACAAUCCUCACAUUCAUCACUUACAUCGGCUGUGGCAUCUCUGCUAUCUUCAUCGCAGUCACUCUACUCACCUACCUCGGGUUCGAAAAAAUCCGCCGUGACAUUCCCUCCAAGAUCUUGAUUCAACUGUGUUUCGCUCUGCUCUUUCUGAACCUGGUGUUCCUGGUGGACUCGUGGCUGGCUCUGUUUCCAAAUGCCACGGGCCUGUGCAUUUCCACAGGAUUUUUCCUGCACUACUUCCUAUUGGUCUCCUUCACCUGGAUGGGUCUGGAGGCUCUCCAUAUGUACCUGGCCAUCGUCAGGGUCUUCAACAACUACAUGACCAGAUACAUGCUCAAGUUUUCCUUGGUGGGAUGGGGAAUCCCAUUAGUUGUUGUUAUCGUUGUGAUUGCUAUAGACAAGGAAAACUAUGGCAUUGUGCAAUAUGGGAAAUAUUUGGAUGGAACUACAGAUGAUUUCUGUUGGGUGAAAAACAACAUGGUGUUCUACGUGACUGUGGUGGCGUAUUUCGCCGUGAUAUUUGUGUGGAACAUGUCCAUGUUCGUGGUGGUGAUGGUGCAGCUGAUACGAAUCAAGCGGCAAAAUCCCCACAAUAAUCUGUACCGGAGCGGAUUGCAAGAACUGAAGAGCAUUGCGGGACUCACGUUUCUGCUGGGUCUCACCUGGGGCUUCGGCUUCUUUGCGUGGGGACCCGUCAACUUGGCUUUCACGUAUCUGUUUGCCAUCUUUAAUUCCCUGCAGGGCUUUUUUAUUUUCGUUUUCCACUGCGCUCUAAAGGAAAAUGUCCGUAAACACUGGAGAAUGUACCUCUGCUGCGGCAGAUUCCGAUUGGCUGAAAACUCAGACUGGAGUCGAACAGUGACACACAACAAUCACACAAAGAAAUCCUCCAUACUCACAGCAGUGUCGUCUGAUUCAGAGCACCACAGCGCCCCCCCCAGUUCAGUGUGCAGUGAUGAAUCAGUGCCAUCCAACGGCAUGGGCUCACCGAUGGAUGAUAGUUUCAUCACAUUUGGGGAAUCACACGGCGAUGUGAUUCACAACGAUAUGAGCAGUCAACUCCGCUCACGACUCAGACCUGCGUAGUGUUCGGAGUGGAACAGGAAACCAUUGGGGUGAUGAAAAAUAGAAGCAGGAGCGAGGACUAAUGGGAGCCAAUGGUCAAAAAUAUCCCAUAUUACUGGAAACUGUGGAAACGGGAUAUUUGAUCCCGUUCCUGCAGUUCAAGGGAUUUAUUAAAGGACUUCUGUAUAUUUUCAAAUCACAGUAUUAAAAACCUCCUCUUCAUGAUAUAGGCCUAUAUCCUAAAACAGAAAAAGACACUUGAAAACUUCAAUUCAUGAAAUGGUACUUAUGGGAAAAUAUGUACUGUAUGAAGUAAUAUGCGUAUUUUAUGUUUUUAUUUUACUUUUAUUACUGUCUUAAAAUCACACGAAGCAGGUACAUGAUGGACUGAUACCACUGGAUUCUGUUUUUUCUGUUUUUUUAUUCUUUAUAUGAGGUUGUUUUUUGUAGUCAUUUGUAGUCCUCUCAUGUAAAGUGUGUUUACAUAGAACGUGCAAACGUUAUUGAAAAAAAUAUAUAAAAUGUUAGCCCAUUUGUUUUGUAUCUAAAUGAAGGAAGUCACCUUAAAUAGUGUUUUUAUGUUUUAAUAUUAGAGUUUGUCUUAGCCAAAGUUUAAUAAUAUCAUUAUUGUAUUUUGAUACAUUUUUUUGCACUGUACGUAAAAAUAUGAUAUUCUCAAAUCAAUCAUUUAUUAUACAUUAUUUUCAUUUUUUGUCUUGUUGCCCAAAAGAAGCAAAUUUUAUGGAUGUUGACCUGUUCUCUCGUUCAAGAGUAGAUGCUCCAAUAGAUGAAAUUAAAGAAUAUAUAUGCCACAGGAAAGA